ACAUGAUCAAAAUUCAGAUGCUUGACAAUUGACUCAUGUUUAUGACGGUGGCAAAGUCCUGGGGUCACGUAACCCUCUUUUGAGAUCUUCUGAUGAGCAAUCUCAAUGGGAAAGCCAGAUUCACUUAACAGUUUGACUAAUUUAAUAACUACAGUGAUUCCCUUAACAACUGCAGCAAGAAAGAUCAUAAAAUGGGACAAAGUCACAACAAAUAUUUCACUUAGCAACAGAAAUUUUGGGCUCAAUUGUGAUCAUAAGUCAAGGACUACCUGUACAAGUAAGAUCAGAAUUAUAAUCAGAGUUAAAAUCAGUCCUAAGAACAAUUUAAAGUACAAUGGAAGAGAUAAGAUUUUGCCACAUGGUAGAAAGUUUCUUCACCAAGAAUCUCACCAAGAAGGUUCUCUUCCACAUGUUGUAUUAGAUGUAUCCUUCUGUGGUAGAUACACCUUUUAAGCUUACUGGAACACUGUAGUUUUAAUCAUUUAUUUGCCCAAACAUGGAUUUUUUUGCUUGCAUUAUAUGAGUGCAGAAAUUUUCUUCUCAGAACCUAAACCCGGUGACGUGUAUUGCUAGUGAACUAAGGCCACGUUUGUCCAGAUUUUGGGAUAUCAGCCAGAAAAUUUUCAGUCUGAUGGGUGAUGACAUGCUAGUAGCAAGUCCAAAUGAUUCAAAUUCCACAGAGCAGUUGAUUGCUGUGCUUCCUAAUAAUGCUCUAGAAGUAAGAAAGCAAGCCAUCUUUAUGGGUAUCCAACCAAAUACUGUAAUAAACUGUGUGCAGACUGAGGAGGGCCAACUCCAGCUCCAGUUAAUGAGUGGAGACAUUAUGUAUCUAUACAAGCAAAAUGAGAAGUUUUUGAACUUCAGUUUUUACAGCAAGACUGAUGGCAGCGGAGAUACUUGCUCUUUUAAAUCUGCACAGUUCCCUGGAUGGUUCCUAAGUAUUUAUUCUGAAGCACACAAACCUAUUGGUUUGAGUCCAAAAGGAGGACCUGAAAACAUCCUGUUUCAUUUUCAAAGAAUACUGAGUCAGAAGUUUUAUUUUCAAAGAGAGAUGGAGAAGAUUGUUUUGCUGUAUUUUAUAUGUCAUGAAAAUAUUUUUUGGCUUUUUGAUUUCUUUCUUUUAAUAAAUUGUGCUUGUGUUAAAGAAGCAGAAGGUGGGAUUGGAAGUAGAGAAAGAUAACAGUUUGCCUGAUCUAGAAAACCUGUUGUACUUUGUUGGAAAAAAUAUCCAGGUCCAAUUCCAAGCCAGGAGAAAGGCACUGGGGACUGAUUUGAAAGAUAUUUAUUGAUGAAGCAGGGUAUUUGCUUAUGAAUAGAGCUAGC